ACACAGCCUUUCCUCCUCAGCCAGUUAGCGGCCAAGUUUCACAAGCGAAUAUCUGGUGAUAACGUUUCUUAUCUGUAGCGCCGCUGUGACGGUCGAAUAAUCGAUUAAGGUCGUGUUUAUGUUUCACAAAAAAAUAUGGUUUCAUUGUAAUAUAUUAAAACCUAGUAUUAACACAGUUAGCAUUAGCUUCAGGAGCUAGCUGCUUCACAAGUUUGUUUGGAUUUAGCCUAACCUAGCUUUCAUUUUCCCUCACCAAACCUUACAGCGUGCUAACGCUGUGAAAUAUUUAAGUGACACGUCUACCAGUAUUACGACAAGUCCCGCCUCCUGAGCCCGGAUUGGCUGAAAUCUGGAUCGGCACUGUCCAAUUGGGAGCCUGACCACGAGUAAGCACUGUUAGCCAAUCAGAGCGAAGGAGGCGGGAUAAUAGGAUCCAAUCCGAAGGCUGGAAUUUGUCUGAAUACGGGUCUGCUGAUAACCCAAGCUGAAUAAGAACCAUGAAGCUCUACAGUUUGUGUGUGUUGUACAAAGGAUCGAACAAGGCCAACCUUCUCAAAGCAGCCUAUGAUUUGUCAUCAUUUAGUUUUUUUCAGAGAUCCAGUGUACAAGAGUUCAUGACAUUCACCAGCAGCCUGAUAGUCGAGCGCUCCUCGUUAGGAAGCCGUGCAUCAGUCAAAGAGCAAGAAUACCUGUGUCACGUGUACGUCCGGAACGACUGUCUCAGCGGAGUAGUGAUUGCAGAUAACGAGUACCCCUCCAGAGUGUGCUUCACUUUGCUCGAUAAGGUGUUGGAGGAAUUUGCCCGGGAGGUGAACAGCAUAGACUGGCCCUCAGGCUCACCAGCUACUGUUCAGUAUACCGCCUUAGACAGCUACCUGGCCAAGUAUCAGAACCCGCGUGAAGCCGAUGCCAUGACUAAAGUGCAAGCUGAACUGGAUGAAACCAAAAUUAUUUUGCACAACACAAUGGAGUCACUUCUGGAAAGAGGAGAAAAGCUGGAUGACUUGGUACAGAAAUCAGAGCACCUGGGAAACCAAUCAAAAGCCUUUUACAAAACGGCACGGAAGCAGAACUCUUGCUGUGAGGUGAUGUGAUGAAAGCAUUGUGACGGAUCAGACUCUCCUGGACCACCUUUUCUUUAUCUCUGUCCUCUCUCUUAUUUCUCUCUGUCCCUCUCUUGGCCUGGGCUCAGAUAUAGAACAGACUCAGCAGUUCCAGAGACCUUAUAGUGAGUGUUGAGGAUAGAGAGAAUCCCUAAUUAUUAUUAUUAUUUUUGUUUGUUUGUUUGUUUUCUUUCCCUCUCAGAUGGGUUAGAGGGACUGAUUUCCCAGACUACACCACACUUAACUGCACUGUAAGAGGGUUUGCUAUUUCUUCCGUGCUCUGAGACAGUCCGCUCAGGGCCUGGUGUCCGCAGGGUUUAGGAUGGAAAAUGCACGGCGCAGAGAGAAGGUUAAGACAUAAAGUCUCCAUUGUGCCUUACUUUAAGUGGCUGUGCAUUAAGUUAGACUGUUAGCCUUAAUAUUGAACAUUUCAAGAGAUGGGUUAUAGUGGGAAAAAAAUGUUUUACAUUUUCUUGUCUUUUAAAACUGGAAAAUGCAUUGAUCAUGGGUGAUGACCAGGUUUGAACUCUAAUGUCUUAUAGAGUGUAUACUUUAAAUUCUUUACAAAUUGUGAAAUAAAUGGAGUGCACUAUGUCAGACUAGCUUUUGCUUUGCCUACAUCCUUUGUUAUCUUUGUACAAUGUAAGCGAUUAAUUAAAAAAAAAUAUAUAUAGUUGUAUUUUCACAUUCCUAGUUGUAUUCGGAUAAGCAUUCAAGUGUUAAAGGUAGUGAUCAUGCUUAGGUUUUUUUUUUUUUUUUGCUUUCUUAAUAGUCAAACGUCAAGUGUGGUCUCCUCUGAAAUCAGUCCCUUACCCUCGAAUGACAUUUAAUAACAAUAUAUACAGUGUCUAGUUCUCUUAUUUUCAGACAGAACUAACAAACGUGAACGUGUCUAUACUUUAACUAUCGGUGACACUCUACAAUCAGUGUUGAGUCUAGAAUCACAUUGGAUCUCUAUAAUGUUCGGAUUCCUUUCUUUACUUUUGGCACAAGCUGUAGUUAUAAAACUACUAAAACUAUCGAAUCCCCAUCUCGGGUGGUUUUAAUUCGCCGCAUCCCGAAAUGUUUGUUGUUUAGGACUUUUAAAGUUCCUAAAACUCCUCUCUGUGUUUAUGUAUAUCAGAGAAAGGUUUAAGACUAUCAGAUAUCUGGAGUGCAUAGUGUGGCUGAUGUUCAAAAAUGACACGUGUUGAAGUUUUGGGUUUAUUUUGUGAACAUUCUUGUGAUUCCAUGGCGUAAAAAAAUUUUCUUAGUGAUCUGAUGGUGUUUUACUUUAUGCAGAGUUGUUGCUCAAUCUGUGUGGCUUGUGUGUGUCUCUACGCAAUGUAAGGGUUGCAUUGUAUAAAUUAAAGUGUGUUUCCUUGUCAAAAAUACGACAAGCUGCUCUGGAGGACCUUCUGAGGUGCCUUUUUUGGUAAUUGCCAAAUUCCUGCAGCUCAUUCAGUCUUAAUUUAAGAUUGAAUGGCACCAUGUUUUGUGUAGUUGUGUAUAAAACUAACUUGGCAAAAUAUAUUCCUCAGACAUGUACAUUAAAAGUGUUUAUAGGCAAAAUGUUGGGUAAUAUUAGGCAGUAAAUAUGCUGUAACAUUUUUCUUCAGUUCAGACGCAGUUAAUCCGCUUUGUAUUGUAGUUUUUUCUCUUAUUCCCAUCUUAAUGUGCUCACUGUAUAAAUGUAUAAUUAACACUGCAGUUGUAUCAAGUGAGAAACGUCUUUUCAAUCUGUGAAAAGGAAAUAACAUCACAUUGCUGAA